UAUAAAGUGCUAAAACAUGAUACGCUCACACAUAUUCAUAUUUGCAAUGCGUCAAUCUCAGUUGUUCCCAUUUAGCUGCGCGUAAUCCAUGCAAUCCAUUUCUCACUACUCUCUUUUUCUUUCGUGUCUUUCUCUUAUCUUUCCAUCUGUUUCUUUUCCUUCACCUCCUUCUUCUUUCAUCUCACCAUAUAUCCACACACUAUCUCAUACACAACAACAACAAACAACAUGAAGAAGAGUUUCUCAGAAUUCUACGAGAAAUGGAUUUUGAACCUAGAGGAAAUUCAGCACCAGCUUCUGAAGGUAUCAAAAAGAGAGACGGUGAUGAAUGAACAAGAGCUACAAACACUGGUUUCAAAAGUCACGGCUCAUUUGAAAGAAUACUACACUGUGAAAUGGAGAGCAGCGCAUGAAGAUGUUGUUGUUUUCUUUUCACCAACAUGGGUUACUCCAUUGGAAAACUCAUAUCUCUGGAUAACCGGGUGGAAACCUUCUACUGUCUUUCGCAUCCUGGAGAAGUUCGACAUGACAGAUGAAGAGAAGAAGAAGAUAGAUGGACUGAGAAUGAAGACAAAGAUGGAGGAAGAAAAGGUGGAGGGAGAGAUGGAGAGGCAGCAAGUGGCUAUGGCUGAUUUGAAGAUGGUGAAGCUGGCGAAAAUAUCAUGCAGAGGUAGGAAAGAUGAUGCAAGAGUGGAUGGGUUGGUUGAAGUGGCUUUGAAAGGAGUGUUUGGUGGUUUGGAGAAAGUAAUGAAAAGUUCAGAUUGUGUUAGACUUAAGACACUGAAAGGGGUUUUGGAUGUUCUUACUCCAAUUCAGUCUCUUCAUUUUUUGGCUGCACAUAUUGGUAUGCAGUUAAGCUUGAGGCAACUUGGGAUCAACAAGAUCACUCAGAAAGAUCCAUAGUCUUAGUUUUGAGUAGUAUAUGUUUAAUUUAAUAGGCUUAAGUAGCUUAUUAAUUAAUUUGUUUAGUAUACUCCUUUAUUAAGUAGAACCCAAAAAUGAAAAGAAAAAAAC